AUGAACGAAAGACGAUUUUUAAUUUUCAGUUUAUCAUUUAUAUUCUUCUUCAACCCAGUUACAAAUGCAUACAAUGUUUUAUUUGUAUUUCCUAUGCCAUCCAAAAGUCACUUUAGUUUAGGCAACACCCUGGCUAAACAAAUGGUUGCGGCCGGACAUGAUAUUACGAUGGUAGCCUUUUUUGAAGAAAAAAAUCCACCAUUAGGAGGAACUUACACGAAUGUGCUUUUGAAUGAUGUAGUAGUCAGAAAGAAAGAUUUUAACUUUUUCGAUUUACAAUAUGUUCUCCCAGAAGUUGCAAUAUAUUCUGGAUACCAAUCUGGGCAUAAGCUAUCCAAAGCUGUAUUGGAACAUAAAAAAAUUAAGAAACUGUUAGACUCCAAUCAAAAGUUCGACGCAGUUAUUAUGGAACAAUUUUGCAACGAUGCAUUGAAAGUGUUAGGUUGGUACUUCGAUGCACCUGUGAUUCUUAUUAGUACAAUUGGUGCAAAUUUUUGGGUGAAUCCUUUGGUGGGCAAUCCUAAUCCGAUAUCUUACAUACCAGAUUUACAUCUUGAUUUUACGGAAAAUAUGACGUUUUUACAAAGAUUUAGAAAUAUGUUAACAACUUUAACCCAUAUCAUAACUCAACAAUUAUCUUAUUAUCCUGCACAACAAGAAAUACUAAGACAAAAUUUCCCUGGGAGUCCAAGUAUAGAAGAAUUAAUUGCAAACGUGUCCCUUGUUUUGCUAAAUGGCCACGAGAGUAUAAACCAACCAGUACCGCUGGUACCAAAUAUGAUAAAUGUUGGUGGUAUGCAUAUUAUGGCUGGUACAGAAUUACCGAAGGAUUUGAAAGUUAUCAUGGACAAUGCCAAAGAAGGCAUUGUCUAUUUCAGUUUGGGCUCUCAUGUAGAUCCCGCUAAAAUGAAGAAAGAGCAAACUGCAGCAAUAUUUAAUGCUUUAGGAAAACUCCCGCACAAGGUAACUCAUCCAAAUGUAAAGCUAUUUAUCACUCAUGGAGGUUUACUAAGCAAUUUGGAAGCAAUCCACUACGGUGUUCCAGUAUUAACUCUGCCCAUAUUUGGUGAUCAAAGAAUGAACGCAGCGAAGGCUAACGCAGGAGGCUUCGGAGUAUCGGUAACUUUCUCCACGAUGACCGAAGAAGUUUUAAGUAAAGCCUUGAAUGAAAUAUUAACUAAUAAAAAGUAUACAGAAAAUGCCAAAUUGAGGUCAUCACUAAUGCAUGACAGAAUUUCCAAACCAAUGGAUACAGCUAUCUACUGGGUAGAGUAUGUAAUACGAAAUAAAGGAGCUCCUCACUUAAGGGUAGCUGCUGUUAGUAUGCCAUUCUACAAGUAUUUUUUGCUGGAUAUUAUUGCUGUUAUAUUAUUAAGUUUAAUUACUAUAAUUACACUUGUAUAUAUUACUUGUAAAAAGUUUGGUUCUUCUAAGACAAACAAAAAUACUAAAACUGAAUAA